AUAAUGUGUUGAGAAAAGAAAGAAAAAGAAAAGAGAAUUACAAAAUUAGCUAGCUAGUAGCCAAGUAAGGAAUAACAGAAAGGGUGACUUCAUGUACUAUACAUGUAUAUGCAUGUAUAACCCACAAAGGUAGGAAUCUUAAUUAACAGCAUCCCUCCUCUCCUCAGUCUACAAAAUAAAAAUAAAAAUUAAGCAACCCUUCCAUUGGGGUUUGUUCUAUUUAAAGAGGGGGAAGAAGGUGCAAUGAAUCCAUAAGAUCUGUAGAAAACACAAAACCAAAAAGAAUGAGUGCUGUGGAGCUUGAGAGUGAAACAAUGGCUGAUGGUGUGUCUCAGUUGCAGAAGCAGUUGGUUGACUACACAGCUUCACUGUUUGAUGAGGCAUUUCUGGAUGAACAGUUCAACCAGCUUCAGCAACUGCAAGAUGAGAACAACCCAGAUUUUGUAGUUGAAGUUGUGUCUCUUUUCUUUAAAGAUUCUGAAAGGCUUGUGGAUGAACUGACCAAAGCUCUAGAUCAGCAGACUGUUGACUUUAAACUUGUGGAUAAAAAUGUUCACCAAUUGAAGGGUAGCAGCUCCAGCAUUGGUGUUCAGAGAGUUCAGAGGGCCUGCAUUGCAUUUCGUGACUGCAGUGAGGAGCAGAAUGUUGAAGGGUGCCUAAAGUCUCUCCAGCAUGUGAAGCAUGAGUAUUCUCUUGUGAAAAAUAAGCUGGAAACUCUUUUCAAGCUACAGAAACAGCUUUUGGCCGCCGGCGGUCCACUGCCAAGGUAAUGAUGCUUAAUGAUGAAACCCAGUGGGGAAGUUAUUAUCAGCAGAUAAAAUAACAGAAGCAAGCACACUGUGGGGGUGGGGGGUCCGUAGCUAGAUUUGCAGUGGAAGCUUGUUUUUUAGUUUCCUCUUCUAUUUAUCUCUUAUUUGGUUGAGCAUCCAGAUUGCUUGGGGCUCAAAGAAGCUGAACUGAGUUAAUAUGGUUAAGGAUGUGAAUGAAUAUUUCUACCUCUUAAUAGUA